AUGCCCAAACAAAACGAUGACAUUGGGAUGGAAGAGAACAAUAAUCUUAUGGAACCAGAACGCGUAUUUGUUCAUAAACUUGUAGAUGCAAGCAAAACGCAACGUAAUCGUGCCAUUGAACGUCUGAAAAAAUGGAUAAAUGCUCGUACAUUGAAUCCAAUUAAUUACUUUCAAUACGAUGAACUAAUCAACAUUUGGAAAGGUCUCUAUUACAAUAUGUGGAUGUGUGACAAACCAGUUAUACAGGAUGAACUAGCACAACAAGUUUCAUCAUGGGUUCAUGAAUUUCAUAAUGAAAAACAAGCACAAUUGUAUAUUCGUGCAGGAUUUGAAACAUUUGUUCGUGAAUGGUGGGGUAUUGAUCAAUGGAGAUUGAGUAAAUUCAUGACAUUCGUUCGAUACUUUCUCCAACAAUCAUUUAAAUUUUUGAAACAACAAAAUUGGCUGAAAAAAUAUAUUUUGAAUUUUACUCGUAUGUUGAAAGAAGGAUCACUCAAUCCGAAUAAAAAUCAGUCAGCUAAUGGUUUAAAAAUGCAUUUGAUCGAUAUUUAUCUAGAAGAAUUGGCGAAAGUUGGAGGAACAAGUUUAAAACCGAAAAAAUUAAUCUUGUUAUUAUCACCAUUUUUUAAUAUAAUGAAAAUGUCUGAAAGUGAAGUUCUAGUGAAACAUGUAUACAAAAGCUUAUUUAUACCCAUAAUUCAAUAUUCUGAUGUUGGUAUCGACCCUGAAAUUGAAGAAGAAAUGGAGUUAGUUAAACCAUUUGGAUUACAAACUGGUGAAGCAGAACUUGUUGAUGAUAAUAACGAAGAUGAAGAUGCAGCACUACAAUUCGAUUAUAAAUUAUUAUCAGAAAAACUGUUAAAAGUUGCAAAAGUCGAAUCUUGUAAUCAAAAACGUCGAAAGCUACUAUACGAUUUAGCGAAAAAAUUUGAUGUACUAUCACGAGGAAUAUAUCCUUUAUAUGAUAUGAAAGUUCCAGCCGUAUUUGCAUCAGAACAAGAGGCAUUCGAUUUAGACAUCAAAAGUUUAAGAGAAUUACAUCGGGAAGUUGGUGAAAUUUGUCAUAAGAAAAAGAGUGAGAGAAAUCCUGAAGAAAUUGAAGAAAUUUUAAAAAAACACAAUAUAACAAAAAAGAGGCAAAAAACACGUCGAUCAAAAGCGAAGAAGCAGACUCAAUAA